AUGAAAAGUUGUGAACUGUCGAAGUACAAAUUCAGUGUUAUUCUAAAUAAACAUGAGGCCCAUUCGAACAACCUAAACACGGAAUGGAGCAACAAGAAGAUGCAUAAGGGAAACCACAAUUAUUCGAUUUUUCACAAUUAUAAUGAUGCAGUAAAUGCACAAAGACAAACAGAACUUGGACAGUUAAAAAACACUCAACCGAAAAAAAUAGGAGAAAUGCAUUCAUCCAGAGGCCCAGUUAGAUACAAAUGUAUAAAUACAGGGCUUUUCUUUUGGAAGUGGGGUCAUAGUAUUGGCGAUUUCAGUAAAAAGAACUUGGGUGUUUUUGAUGCUUUGAAUGUUGGAAGGCAACCCAAAAUGAGUAGUGUAUUAUUUAAAUGUGUAUUCCAGCCUUACUUUCAGUGCGUUUAUGUCAUUUGUCUCACAUUGAAAAAAUUAAAACAUGUAAAAAUGAGUUUAUCAGCUAUUUUGCAUUCUAUAAUGUAA